AUGCCAGUAGAAGAACAUUCUUGGUGUAGUGAGCAAGUGAUUGCAGCACUUUCGAGAGAGCCAGUAGGUACUGAACUCGCUCAACAAGUGGCUCAAGCCCUCAAGAGUGGUCGUUACAUCAUGAACGGACACAGGGAUUAUUGUGGGGUUGGUCUUGUGUACACAACACCACAAAAAGUCUUUGAAUUUUGCUACGUGAAUGAUGGAUUUAACACAGAUUCCAUCAUUUCCUUCUCUGAUGAGAAUGAGUUUAUCAAAUUCUUGUCCGAGCAAAGUGAUUAUUCCAUGAGCGGAGCAGAUGAAUCGAGUGCUGUAUUUUACGAAAAGAAUACCUUUGGAAGGAAUAAUCAACGCAUUACUGUGGCUAGACUGGAACAUUUGGUGGCUACCAGUCGUUUAUAA